AUGGAUACUCCGUCCCCAAAAUUUCCGCCCGCGGCCAGCACUGGCCAACCCACCCUAUCUGCUGGGGGCGUACAGAGAAGUCGACAGCGCGCUAUCGCAGCCUGUCUGACAUGUCGUCGCCGAAAGGUCAAAUGUGACCACGGCCAACCUACAUGCUCACCGUGUCUAAGAGGUAAUCGGGCUUGUUCAUACGUCAACUCGCAGUCGAAUCCGCCUCCGGCUGCUGCUGGCGUGGCCUCUACGCGAACAACAGGCCGGAUACCACGAUCUAACCUCCGUGCUGGCCAGGAUGAGAUUCGAAAUCGCCUUGAAAGACUAGAGAGAUUGCUAGAACGGGCGAUAUCUGGCGGUAACAACCUCACGCACUCUCCUGAACCGCAGACUGACCAACUUCGUGGCCUUCAAACACCUUCCAACAUCGAUCAGGGAUCCGCUACAUCUAAUACAGCAGCACUCAAUCCAAAACGUGAAACCCUUUCGGCUGAUGGCUAUGAUGGUGCUCUGCUCUUGGAAGCUGAAGGCGGCCAAUCUCGCUGGGUGUCAUCUCUCCAUUAUGCCCUCCUGGCAGACGAGAUUCACGAUGUCAAAAUGCUCCUUGGAGACCGUGCUUCAACAGAAAGCCCCUCCCCUCUGGAACAGACUAUUGUCCCAUUCCCAUUUUCCGCCGAACUUUCCACGGAUAGUCUUGCGGUGUGGGCGCCUAAGACAGCUGUUGAAUGCGUUUUGCUGUUAGAUAUUUUUUACUCUAAUGUAGACCCUGUGACGAGGCUAGUUCAUAAGCCUUCUCUUGGGAAACGAUUCCGUCAAUAUACCCGGGAGAUAUAUGGCAUCGGCUCCAAUCUUUCAACGGAAGAUAGUAUCACAUCAGCAUCUUCCCCUGCGAUACAUACAUUUGAACCUCUCGCGCUGGCUAUUUUUUAUUCUGCCAUUAAUAGCUUAUCUCCCGAAGCAGUUCAAAUGCGUUUUGGUGCUGAUAAGGGGUCUCUCCUUGCUAAAUUUCAAAGAGGAGUCGAGUAUGGCCUUGGAAGGGAAAGCUUCCUAACUACCCCUAGAAUUGAAGUCCUACAGGCUUUUGUACUUUUAUUAACUUGCCAGUCUCGAGAGGAUGACAUGUCAAGGACGUGGACCUUACUAGGACUUGCAAUGCGGAUAGCCCUUUCACAAGGCCUUCAUAGAGAACCCUCGCUAUUCCCCUCAAAUAAUAUGGAUGUUGUGCAGGUCGAAAUACGCCGUAGGCUAUGGCAUCAGAUAUGCUACCUAGAUUUUCGUUCUGCAGAAGGCAGAGGCCAGGAACCUACCAUAGCCGAUGAGGACUAUACCACUCUUUUACCACGAAAUAUUAACGAUGAUAACCUCGUUGAAGGUGAACACUCGGUGGUAGGGACGUAUUCACCGCCUGGAUUCACAGAUAUGACGGGUCAUCUAAUUCGGUUGAACGGAAUUCACUGUUUUAGGAGAAUCAUCCGAAGCACAUAUGGGCUGGAACGACGGCUCAAAUCGUCAAUCAUUAAUGAAAGGAACAAUGUAUACCCUGUUACAGAACUUCAGUCAUUAUUUAUUGAAGUCCGAAAUAUGGUUGAUGAAAUGACUGCUCACUUACAAACACAUUAUCUGCAGUAUUGUGACCCCAAUGUUGCACAUCAACGUUUGGCUCUUGGUCUCGCUGCUGUUAUUGAAUGGCGAUGCUGGUCUAUAUUUUGGUUACGGACUCCAAAACAAUACCGUGAGGCAGUUGUAAAUCCGGGUAUCCGAGAAUCCGUUUUGACAAAGUCUAUUAGCUUGGUUGAGAGCAUGAAUAUGAUGCCCGAUGAUAAAGAUGCUGAGAAAUUCCAGUGGCAUAUCGGCGGACAUGCCUGUUUCCAGGCAAUUAUGCAUAUUGUAUCUGAGCUUGGGACCCCGGAAUUCCAGGCACCAGCCCACCACUCGCUCCGAUCCCGUGCACUAACUGUCUUGAAAAGGACGAUGGAUACAAGGGGACUGGAACCUAGUUCUACAUGGAAUGUUAUCAACCGAAUUAUCUCUAACUGUUUAGCUAAGAAUACCAAUACCCCCCGCGGCUUAUCUUCACCUCCGUCGAAUGAUCCCUACAAUCUAUAUCGAGAAAAUGUGGCUUUGCCCCAGACACUCCAAGAGUCUCAGCUAUCACCACAGAACCCAACAACACAAGAGCUACCAUUCCCUUCAAUGUCUGACCUGGGAGGUCUAGAUAUGCAGCAUCCAUCUUUGUGCUUUGACUGGGGAUUUUGGAAUUUCGACCCCACUGACCUCACUUCAUGCUGA